AAUGCGCUUCACGCUAUUCUUGGAAAUUUUGGAAUUUCGAAUUUCCUUGUGUUAAUUAUGCCCGGCGAGCACGACCUUAUCAAAAUUGCUAGUUUAGAAUUAAUCGCUAGUUUAGAACUAUCUUUUGCUUCUAUUCCUUCGUUCAUACAGUAUUUCAGUACUUCAGUACUGUCAUAA